UGAAUACCUGCCACAGGACAGAGAGCUGCUGCCAGACGUCUCCUGCUGAGGAGCUCCCUCACCGACUCCCGGCCGCCUGCCUCCCUCCCCCGCCGGUCGUCAGUUUCCUCCGGGAGACGGAGCCGAAGGGCAGAAGGGAGCCCGAGUCGUUGCCCUUUCUCGGAGCUAGUCGAGUAGUGACCUGAAGUGAACGAGCCAUGGCGAGUGAAGACAAACAAGUGCAGCCAACAGGUGAUGAUGGAGGAGGAGGAGCAGGGAAAGAAGGAAGUGCUGUUGAAGGGGAAACUGUGCGGCAGCCUUUGAAUCCAGGAGUCCCCAUCCGAGGCAUCAAGAUGAAAUUUGCUGUGCUGACAGGAUUGGUAGAAGUUGGGGAUGUGUCCAAUAGAGACAUAGUCGAUACUGUAUUUAAUCUGCUUGUUGGGGGCCACUUUGACUUGGAAAUGAACUUUAUCAUUCAAGAAGCAGAGGGCAUCUCCUGCAUGGUGGAGUUGCUGGACAAGUGCGAUGUCACCUGCCAGGCUGAGGUGUGGAGCAUGUUCACAGCCAUCUUGAAGAAGAGCAUCCGCAAUCUACAGGCUUGCACAGAAGUUGGGCUUGUUGAGCAAGUGAUCAAGAGGAUUGACAGAGCUGACAACAUGAUUGCAGAUCUCUUGGUGGAUUUGCUGGGUGUGUUGGCAAGCUAUAACUUGACAGUUCGAGAGCUGAAGUUAUUCUUUAGCAAGCUUCAAGGAGAAAAAGGGAGAUGGCCACCACAUGCUGGAAAGUUAUUGUCUGUGUUAAAACACAUGCCUCAGAAGUAUGGACCUGAUGCCUUCUUCAACUUCCCUGGAAAAAGUGCUGCAGCUAUUGCCUUACCUCCUAUAGCCAAGUGGCCAUACCAGAAUGGGUUUACUUUCCACACUUGGCUAAGAAUGGAUCCUGUAAAUAAUAUCAAUGUGGAUAAGGAUAAGCCUUACUUAUAUUGUUUUCGAACAAACAAAGGACUUGGUUAUUCUGCUCACUUUGUUGGAGGCUGCUUGAUUGUAACAUCCAUAAAAUCAAAGGGAAAAGGUUUCCAGCACUGUGUGAAAUUUGAUUUCAAACCACAAAAGUGGUAUAUGGUCACUAUAGUGCACAUCUACAACCGCUGGAAGAACAGUGAGCUUCGCUGUUACGUGAAUGGAGAGCUGGCCUCUUAUGGAGAAAUAACGUGGUUUGUCAACACCAGUGAUACAUUUGACAAGUGUUUCCUGGGUUCUUCAGAAUCAGCAGAUGCCAACCGAGUAUUCUGUGGGCAAAUGACAUCUGUGUACCUUUUCAGUGAGGCUCUCAAUGCUGCUCAGAUCUUUGCCAUCUAUCAGCUUGGUCUGGGAUACAAGGGAACAUUCAAAUUCAAGGCAGAAAGUGAUCUCUUCCUUGCUGAACAUCACAAAUUGUUGCUGUAUGAUGGCAAACUAUCCAGUGCUAUUGCUUUUAUGUACAAUCCAAGGGCUACAGAUGCACAGCUGUGUCUAGAGUCAUCCCCUAAGGACAACCCAUCGAUUUUUGUUCAUUCGCCACAUGCCCUCAUGCUGCAGGAUGUGAAAGCAGUCUUGACUCAUUCUAUCCAAAGUGCUCUGCACUCCAUUGGAGGGGUGCAGGUGCUUUUCCCACUCUUUGCACAGUUGGAUUACAGGCAAUAUUCCUCAGAGCACAUUGACACAACUGUUUGUUCUACUUUAUUGGCUUUCAUCAUGGAGUUGCUGAAGAACUCCAUCGCUAUGCAAGAACAGAUGCUAUCCUGUAAGGGCUUCCUUGUAAUAGGACAUAGCCUAGAAAAGUCUUCCAAAGCCCACGUUACCCGAACUGUGCUAGAGCUCUGCCUUGCCUUUUCAAAAUACCUGAGCAACUUGCACACCGGGGCGCCCUUGCUGAAGCAGCUGUGUGAUCAUGUUCUCCUUAAUCCUGCAAUAUGGAUUCAUAUUCCAGCACAGGUUCAGCUGACCCUGUACACUUACCUGUCUACUGAGUUCGUUGGCACUGUGAACAUAUAUGGUGCAAUCCGGCGAGUUGGGACAGUUCUCCUGGUCAUGCAUACCCUGAAGUAUUAUUACUGGGUGGUGAAUCCUCAGGAUCGCAGUGGUAUAACCCCCAAGGGCACAGAUGGGCCACGACCUACUCAAAAAGAGAUUUUAUCUCUGCGAGCAUUCUUGUUGAUGUUUGUUAAACAGCUGGUGAUGAAGGACUAUGGAAUAAAAGAAGAUGAAUUGCAGGCUAUCCUCAAUUACCUGCUCACUAUCCAUGAGGAUGACAAUCUAAUGGAUGUCUUACAGUUGCUUGUUGCUCUGAUGUCGGAGCAUCCCAGCUCUAUGAUCCCUGCUUUUGAUCAGAGGAAUGGAUUACAGGUUGUCUACAAGCUUUUGGCAUCACAAAGUGAAGGCAUCAGAGUGCAAGCUCUUAAAGUGAUGGGAUAUUUCUUAAAGCAUCUUGCUCCAAAGAGAAAAGCUGAAGUCAUGCUUGGACAUGGAUUGUUCUCUUUGUUGGCUGAAAGGCUGAUGCUUCAGACAAGUUUAAUCACCAUGACCACGUACAAUGUCCUAUUUGAGAUUCUGACAGAACAGAUUUGCACUCAAGUGAUCCAUAAACAGCAUCCUGACUCAGAUUCAACAGUGAAGAUACAAAACCCUCAGAUUUUGAAGGUUAUCGCAAUCCUGCUGCGUAAUUCUCCACAGUGCCCAGAAACUCUGGAGGUUCGGAGAGCCUUUCUUUCAGAUAUGAUUAAACUUUUUAAUAACAGCAGAGAGAACAGGAGGAGUUUGCUGCAGUGCUCUGUCUGGCAGGAGUGGAUGCUUUCCCUUUGCUGUUUCAACCCCAAGAACUCUGAGGAACAGAAGAUAACUGAGAUGGUGUACACCAUAUUUCGAAUUCUGCUCUACCAUGCAAUCAAGUAUGAGUGGGGUGGCUGGCGUGUAUGGGUGGACACACUGUCCAUCACACAUUCAAAGGUAACUUUUGAAAUGCACAAGGAGAGUCUUUCUCAAAUGUACAGGGAAUACCAAGGGAAAGGAGGUGAGGGCAGUGGAAUACAUCCUUCAACUCCCAUUAGAACAAUCUCUGGAACAAAAAAAGAAGCUAAAAUCAAGGGAAAGCAGAAAUGUUUGGAGUUAAAAGAUGCUUCUGCUCCUUCCUGCAUUGCCAGUGACAUGGAGUGUAGUACUGAAAAGAAGGAGACAAAUACGUCAUCAGAUGGUGACCAACAAGCUCCUUUGGUUUGUAAUCAUAGGGAGGAGAUAGAAGUGGAAGACAAAGAGACUGCCCAGGAUCUAGCAGCAGUGCCUGGUGUAGAACUUUCUCCAGAAGCAGUGAAGCCCAGUGUUUCAGAAAUCAGUACUGGAAUAGCUGAAGCUAUCGAAGAUUCUCUGAGCAAAGCUGAUGAGCUUGUGGAAGAAACCAUGGCUGUCUCUGCUGCUUCUUUAGCAACGCAAACUGCUUUGGAAGGAGAAACUGCAGAAAGACUGGACAAAUCAGCAGCAGAGGUGGAAGAGGAAGAUGACUUUGUUGAUCUGAAAGAGGAAAGUAGUAUGCCUUUGCCUUCAGAAGAGGUUGACAAAACAAACAAGGAGCAGAGCUCAAGGGAAAUGACAACACAGGACAAACCACCAGAGAAGCCACCCAAAUCUGUGCUUUUAAAAUCUGAAGGUAUGGAGGGUGUGGAUGGGAAACAAGAAGUGACUUCUUUACCAGAAGUAGCCAUUCAGCCAGAUUUAGGGGGGGGAAAGAAGCUAGAUGAAGAGAAGAUGCUUUUCAGUGAAACCAAAACAGCUGAAGGAAAAGCAAAUGCCCAUGUGGCAGAGCCUGCUGUAGCCUCUGACAAGAGAAUCGCCAAACUUGAUGUUUCCAAUGUUGCAUCGGAUACGGAAAGACUGGAACUGAAAGCUAGCAAGUGUCUAGAAGCACCUCCACACCCUAGAUCCAUACCUGAGAGACACCUGCUAAUGGAUGCUCUUCAUUCUGCACCAUUCUUCCUUAAAGGAGGAAAACCACUGUCUACAGCAACAUAUAUUUUCCCUCUGACCUCAAGGCAGCAAGACUCUUCAGGACGAGAGCUGGCUGCUGCAUCAGAUGGGCAGAGGAGAGAAUCUAGGUCAGCUGUGUUCCGGAUCCCGGAGUUCAAGUGGUCACUGAUGCAUCAGCGCUUGCUCACAGACUUACUCUUUUCCAUAGAAACAGAUAUACAGAUGUGGAGAAGCCAUUCUACAAAAACUGUGAUGGACUUUGUGAACAGCAGUGACAACGUCGUUUUUGUGCAUAACACAAUUCACCUCAUCUCUCAGGUGAUGGACAACAUGAUCAUGGCUUGUGGUGGGAUAUUGCCGUUGCUUUCUGCUGCCACAUCUGCUACUCAUGAAUUGGAAAAUAUUGAGCCAACUCAAGGCCUUUCAGUAGAAGCAUCUUUAACAUUUCUCCAGAGAUUAAUCAACCUUGUGGAUGUGCUGAUUUUUGCAAGCUCUCUUGGUUUUACUGAAAUUGAGUCUGAGAAAAAUAUGUCAUCUGGAGGAGUUCUGCGACAAUGUCUUCGCCUGGUGUGCGCAGUAGCAGUAAGAAAUUGCUUGGAGUGUCAGCAGCAUGCACAGAUGAAACCUACUGGAGACACUGUGAAGAACCAAAAAGCAGUGCAGGGCUUUAUAGGAACAGGGAAGUCUGCGGCAAAGAGUCCAGUGGACAUAGUGACUGGUGGCAUUUCUCCAAUCCGAGACCAUGACAGACUUCUGCAGGAUAUGGAUAUUAAUCGACUCCGAGCAGUAGUGUUCAGAGACAUAGAGGAUAGUAAACAGGCUCAAUUUUUGGCUUUGGCUGUUGUGUAUUUUAUUUCUGUGCUUAUGGUUUCGAAAUACAGAGAUAUACUGGAACCCCAGAAUGAAAGACAAGCACCAAACCAUAGCCAGGCCUUCAAGGAGGCAGAGAAUGGGAACAAUGAAACUCCUCCUGCAGAUGUGGAAAACCCACCUGCUGCUCAUGGGACUUCAGCCUCCACUGAAGAUUCAGAAAGUACAGCAGUUGUACAAAGAAGGGAUUCUGGCCUUGGGGAGGAGCCGGCUUCAGGGCAAAUGAACAGUUCCAGUAGUGUUGCUGAAGCAGGACCUCUGAGUGUCAGUGCAGGUCCUGAUGCAGUCAGUGAAGUCCUGUGCACGCUUUCAUUAGAAGUGAAGAAGUCUCAGGAGGACAGAAACAAGACAGGACCUGAAGACAGUAAGCCUGAAACUUCUGUGCCAGCUGCAAAAAAUGUCAAUGUAAAGGACAUCCUGAGAAGCUUGGUAAGCACCCCAGCUGAUGGGACUGCAGUGGAUGCUGCUUUUAUGCCACCAACCUUCCUUGGAGCUCUUGGUGAUGGAGCGGCUGAGCAACCUGUACAGUUCCAUUCCUUUGACAGGAGUGUUGUUGUACCACCAAAGAAAUCAACCAUCUCCUCUUCUGCAGCUGCUAUGAGUAUUCCUGCAAAUGCUGUCAGUGUGGUUUCCUCUGUAGAUUCAACCCAAACCCUGGAUUUGUCAGGAGAGUCUCCUGGAAGGGGAUCAUCUCAUUCAAAAUUGCCAUCUGUCCCUACAGUUUCUUCAGUGCCUGAGGAUUCGGCUUCAAAUAUGAGCAUUACAGACAGGCUUGAACACGCUCUGGAAAAAGCUGCCCCGCUUCUGAGAGAGAUUUUUGUGGAUUUUGCUCCCUUUCUUUCUCGGACUCUUUUGGGCAGCCAUGGGCAGGAAUUGCUGAUAGAAGGUACAAGUCUUGUGUGCAUGAAAUCCAGCAGUUCCGUGGUGGAGCUGGUGAUGCUGCUUUGCUCUCAGGAGUGGCAGAACUCUAUACAAAAGAAUGCCGGCCUUGCCUUCAUUGAGCUUGUCAACGAAGGAAGGUUGCUGAGUCAGACCAUGAAGGACCACUUGGUAAGAGUGGCUAACGAAGCAGAAUUUAUCUUGAGCAGACAGAGAGCAGAGGACAUUAACCGCCAUGCAGAAUUUGAGUCACUGUGUGCCCAGUAUUCUGCAGACAAACGGGAAGAAGAAAAAAUGUGUCAUCACCUGAUAAUGGCAGCUAAGUACCGAGACCAGGUGACUGCAACUCAGCUGGUACAGAAAAUUGUCAACAUUCUGACAGACAAGCAUGGAGCCUGGGGAAGCUCUGCUCCAAGUCGUCCUCGUGAGUUCUGGCGCCUUGACUACUGGGAAGAUGACUUGCGGCGCCGGCGACGGUUUGUGCGUAACCCCCUCGGAUCGACACAUCCUGAAGCGACACUAAAAGCAGCUGGAGAGCAUGCUCCUGAUGAGGAUAUACUUGUUAAAGGAAAGCAAUCCAUCAAGAGUCAAGUAUUAGGAAAUCAGAACUCAGAAAGUGAGAUUCUGCUGGAAGGCGAUGACGAUAUCAUGUCAUUCAUGGAGGAAAGAGAAGUGGAGAGCUUAACAGGUCCAGUUGCCCUAAGCACACCAGCUCAGCUUGUGGCACCCUCAGUGGUAGUGAAAGGCACUCUUUCCAUCACUCUUUCUGAGCUCUACUUUGAGGUGGAUGAAGAAGAUCCCAGUUUUAAGAAAAUCGACCCAAAGAUUCUGGCAUAUACAGAAGGACUCCAUGGGAAAUGGCUCUUUUCAGAGAUCCGAUCUAUCUUUUCCCGACGCUACCUUUUACAGAAUACAGCCCUGGAGAUAUUCAUGGCAAACAGAGUGGGUGUCAUGUUCAACUUUCCUGACCAAGCAACAGUAAAGAAAGUGGUUAACUGUCUGCCUCGGGUUGGCAUUGGUACCAUCUUUGGACUACCCCAGACCAGACGCAUUUCUUUGGCCAGUCCACGGCAGAUCUUCAAAGCUUCCAACAUGACCCAGCGAUGGCAGCACCGAGAAAUCUCCAACUUCGAGUACCUGAUGUUUCUGAACACUAUAGCAGGUCGAACUUACAAUGAUUUAAAUCAGUACCCUGUCUUCCCUUGGGUUAUCACCAACUAUGAAUCAGAGGAGUUGGACCUUACACUUCCUAGCAACUUCAGGGAUUUGUCAAAGCCCAUUGGAGCUUUGAACCCAAAGAGAGCAGCGUUCUUCGCAGAGAGAUACGAGUCCUGGGAAGAUGAUCAGGUUCCAAAAUUUCACUACGGCACACACUAUUCAACUGCCAGCUUUGCGCUCACCUGGCUGCUAAGAAUUGAACCCUUUACAACACUUUUCCUAAAUCUACAAGGUGGGAAGUUUGAUCAUGCAGAUAGAACUUUUUCAUCUGUUUCAAGAGCCUGGCGAAAUAGUCAGCGUGACACUUCUGAUAUCAAGGAACUGAUUCCUGAAUUCUAUUACCUCCCAGAGAUAUUUGUCAACAGCAACAAUUACAAUCUGGGAGUGAUGGAUGAUGGAACAGUUGUGUCUGAUGUUGAACUUCCACCGUGGGCCAAAACCCCAGAAGAAUUUGUUCGGAUCAACAGACUGGCAUUAGAGAGUGAAUUUGUAUCCUGCCAGCUUCACCAGUGGAUUGAUCUGAUUUUUGGCUACAAACAGCAAGGCCCGGAGGCUGUCAGGUCCCUGAAUGUAUUCUACUAUUUGACUUACGAAGGAGCUGUUAAUUUAAGUUCAAUAACAGAUCCUAUAUUGAGAGAGGCUGUUGAAGCUCAAAUACGAAGUUUUGGACAGACCCCUUCCCAACUGCUCAUAGAACCACAUCCUCCAAGAAGUUCUGCCAUGCAGGUGUAUCUCCUCCUGCAGAGUCCGUUGAUGUUCACAGACCAAGCUCAACAGGACGUUAUCAUGGUUCUAAAGUUUCCAUCCAACUCUCCUGUCACUCAUGUAGCAGCCAACACCCAGCCUGGUCUGGCCACUCCUGCUGUGAUCACAGUUACUGCAAACAGGCUAUUUGCUGUAAACAAGUGGCAUAAUCUUCCUGCUCAUCAAGGUGCUGUACAGGACCAGCCUUACCAGCUGCCAGUGGAAAUCGAUCCUCUCAUAGCCAGCAAUACAGGGAUGCACAGAAGGCAAAUCACUGACCUUUUAGACCAAAGCAUUCAGGUUCACUCCCAGUGUUUUGUCAUCACCUCUGACAAUCGUUACAUCCUGGUCUGUGGCUUCUGGGACAAGAGCUUCCGAGUUUAUUCGACUGACUCAGGUAAACUGAUGCAGGUAGUAUUUGGACACUGGGAUGUUGUCACCUGUCUUGCUCGUUCGGAGUCCUAUAUUGGAGGAAACUGCUACAUUCUCUCAGGAUCCCGAGAUGCAACCUUGCUGCUGUGGUACUGGAAUGGCAAAACCAACAUCAUUGGUGAUAACCCAAGAGGUGAUUUUGCAACUCCUCGAGCUAUUUUGACAGGACAUGACUAUGAGAUCACAUGUGCUGCCAUUUGUGCUGAGCUUGGCCUGGUCAUAAGUGGUUCAAAAGAAGGACCGUGUCUCAUACAUUCUAUGAAUGGAGAUCUACUGAGGACGUUAGAAGGUCCUGAAACAUUAGCAGGUCCCCAAAACUGCCUGAGACCCAAACUUAUUCAAGCUUCAAGAGAAGGCCACUGUGUCAUAUAUUAUGAGAAUGGCCUCUUUUGUGUAUUCAGCGUGAACGGGAGACUUCAAGCCACUAUGGAAACAAAUGACAAGAUAAAGGCAAUUCAGCUGAGUCGAGAUGGGCAGUACCUGCUCACAGGUGGAGACAAUGGAGUUGUCAUGGUGUGGCAGAUGUGGGACCUCAAGCAGCUUUUUGCUUACCCAGGGUGUGAUGCUGGAAUCCGGUCCAUGGCCCUGUCGUAUGACCAAAGGUGCAUAAUGACUGGCAUGGCUUCGGGCAGCAUCGUGGUUUUCUACAAUGAUUUCAAUCGUUGGCACCACGAGUACCAAACCAGAUACUGAUCUGCAGAGGCAAAGCUGAGCACUGCUGUGGGCAGCUGUUGUCAGAAGCAAACUGAGCACGGCCUCCCUCGGUGUCUUGCCACAGCAUUGCUCCUUAUAAUAGCUAUCCUACACCUGAAUGUAACUUCAAUUUGCUGGAAGAAGCAACCUAUUUUUUAAAGUUAAUUGCUAUUUUUGUAGACCUUGCUUGACUUUUCUGGGGGGAAGGGCAAAGAAGCAGCACAAUGACUGCUGGGUUCUGUAGUUAAAAAUCUAUAUUUUUAGGCAUAAUGAGAAGUCUAUUUUGAUCCCUAUACGUAAAAGAAAC